GAUAUAAAAAACUAAAGGCGGCAGAUAACCAUUUUCUUUUCUUCAUUUUGUUUGUAAGACGUUAUUUCACUGCUGCUUUCCAGCAGUCACGGUGUGGUGUUUGACGAGACAGCGACGACGACGAUGGACCGUUUCUUCGGCGACCGAGUACGGUUUUCUUCCCUGUUGAUUUUGCUCACCUUCGGGGUGAGUCGCACUUGGCAAGCGCUUUACCCGUAUGGACCGACAAGCGGCGACUCGCAGCUGCGCGUCGCCUACGAGGUGGCCAGUCCGGGCAUAGCGCUGGGCGUGCCCUUCAAAUUCUACAACGACACGUACGACACCGUUUUCGUGAACAGCAAUGGUUUGGUGUCGUUCAACAACGAGAUGCCGACGUUCUUCAACGUGCCGUUCCCGCUGGACUACCCGGCCAUGGCCGCUUUCUACGCCAACAUCGACCUGCGGGGCAGCGGCCAGGUGUACUACCGCGAGGCCCGCGACCCCAGGACGCUGGCGCAGGCCAACGACAUGAUCAGGCGGUUCUACCCGCACACGGAAGGCCGGUUCCGCGCCGUCACCGUGUUCGUGGUCACGUGGUACCGCGUGGGCUACUACAAGAAGAACGCGGACAAGGCCAACACGUUCCAGGUGGCCAUCAUCACCGACGGCCAGGAGACGUUCGUGCAGUUCGCCUACCCGUCGCCCAUCGAGUGGGUGCAGUCGUUCAGCGGCAUAGCCGAGACCGGUUUGCCGGACGCCAAGGCCCAGGCCGGAUUCAGCGCGGCCGACGGACGCAUACACAUGCUCAGGGGCUCCGGGAGUGAUCAGAUCCACAAUCUCGACAGAUGGAGCAAUACGGACACGCCGGGGAUUUGGUUGUACCGUGUGGGCAAUAUUGGGCCUAACGAAAACGUGGAACCGCCGGAAUUUCCUGGAAGUAUCAGACCGGACGAAGGUUUGACUUGUGCUGUAGCCGGAGCUUUGUGUCACAACCAAGCGUCAUGCGUGGACUACGAACGAGGAGACAUGUGUUGCAUUUGCAAACAAGGAUAUUUCGGAAACGGAGUGACCUGUAUUAAAGACAACGUACCCGUUCGUGUCAGCGGCAAAGUAAGUAUCGACGUGAACGGCGUUUCUGUGAAAGACAACGAUUUGCAAGCAUACGUCGCCACAAUGGACGGCCGAGUGUACAUGGCCAUCUCCAACGUGCCAGUCAAUCUUGGUUAUGAACUGCAAUACUUGACCGUUUUCACUUCGGUCGUCUCCUGGUUGUUCUCCCUGCACUCCGACAAUACGUUCAACGGAUAUCAGUUAACAGGUGGCGUAGUCAACUACACGGCCGAAGUGACGUUCCCAGGCACCGAACACAGGAUAACCAUUCACCAACGGUUCUUCGGACUGAAUUCGUUCGACCAACUGGUGAUGGACGCGACCGUACAGGGAACUACGCCACAAGUGCCUCUGCCUCACACGAGAUUCUCGUUGCCGUCGGACGCCAAACAGCAGUACACCAUUUCCAACGGUCGCAUGCAUUCGUACUACACUUACGGGUACAAACAAGAGGGUUCGGAGUUCGAGCAGCAAGUGACCGUGGCGCAAAGAUUCGAGUUCACGCAGCCGUGCAACAAAGCCACCAAGGCGUUCACGGCGUUCCUGAUGCAAAAUUCUAAAGCGUUCGCUUAUUUCGAGGAGAAGGUCAACAUCGUACGACUGGUCAGCACCAACAAUAUUUUCUUGCCAACCGACGAUAUUCAAGAUCCCUGCAACGACGGACAAGCGAAGUGCGUGGCCAACAGCACGUGCGUGAGAGACGGCAGCACGUUUAGAUGCGAAUGUAACCCAGGAUUCCAUUCGCUGUAUGGCUCCGAAUCGGGCUGUGUGGACAUCAACGAGUGCCAAGACAGAAUAGACCGAUGCGAUCCGAACGCCAUGUGCGUCAACGAGAUAGGCUCGUACAGCUGUCAAUGCAGACCGGGCUACGAGGGUAACGGCUAUUAUUGUGGCGCAAUCAUUUCAGUCACAGAACCACCGCCGUCGACAGAACGGCAACCAUUCAACAUACUCAACGCCGUUUGCGACUCGCCGGACAACAUAAGCACUUGUUCCUGCGUCAGAGGAUACGAGAUACGGAUGUUGUCGGCCGACACUAACGAUUUCGAAUGCGUGGACGUCAACGAAUGCACAAUAUCGGAAGUGUGUCACAGGGACAGUCAUUGUACCAACUAUCCGGGAAGCUACUCGUGCGUUUGCAAGCCGGGUUUCACGGGAGACGGACUGAGGUGUCAACCGUUGGGUCCGAAGUGUCGUCUAGAAGGCGACAGGUACGUGGGACAAGGAUGUCAAAUACAAAAGACAUGCACUCAAAGCUCGUGCUGGUGUCCGGCCGGAUACACUGAAGUGGGCAACUUUUGCGUUUUUACCGACAGUAUUCCCCCCAAUACGGGAUCCGACAACGCGACAGAAUCUUCUGUUUCUUGUGCCGAGAUCAAUUCGUGUCACGCCCACGCUCAGUGUGUGUUCGUUGCGAGUCAACAACAACACAGAUGCCAAUGUUAUCCGGGCUACGAAGGUGACGGAUACGAGUGUUCCGUUAUAGAAAUAUCGUGCCAGAAAUCGAACAUUUGCGAUAUGCAUGCGACCUGCGAGGCAGGCGAAGGAGGCCACACCAGAUGCGUGUGCAACAGUGGAUACGAAGGAGACGGUAUCAUAUGUACGCCGUCGGGUGAAUGCGCUGCAGACUCCAAUUGCGAUACCAACGAGAGGUGCAUGUACAACGAGACGAGUUUCAUAUACAGUUGCACGUGCGAAGAAGGUUUCCAAAGAUACAACAACAAAUGCCAAAGAUCGCGUUGUUCGUAUGAGUGUCACUCGUUAGCCAAUUGCGUUCAGCUGGAAAGGAACGAUUAUGCAUGCCGUUGCAAUACCGGAUACAGAGGCAACGGUGUCACCUCUUGCGACAAAGUCGAUAACGGUUGCACUGCCUCUUCGUGUCCACCGAACGCGGAAUGCACAAACAGAGGAAGCGCUUAUAAAUGUUCUUGCACUCAGGGUUACAAGGAAACCUGGACCGAUGGACAACUGUCGUGCGCUGAAACGUGCAUCGCAAACAGCAGCAUAUGUCAUCCGUCAGCACAAUGCGUGUACGACCAAUCAGGAUUGUACAAUUGCCAGUGCAGACAAGGAUACAUCGGAAACGGUUUAUACUGUAAAGCGAUAAAAAAAACAACAAAAGACGAUACCUACUUACUCGUAAAUCAAGGGAUGGCAACGUUGCAUAUUCCGACUGUGGCGAAUAAGUCAAAUCCAGGGCAUCCGGUUCAUUUGCAAUUUUAUCAAAACGCUAUCGGUUUGGCCAUCGAUUGCUUGGACGAACAGUUAUACUGGAGCGAUAUAACAGGGCAGACAAUCAAAUCUGCCAAACUCAACGGCUCAAUGGUACAAGAGUUCAUAGCUACCGACGCCAAAUCAGCCGAAGGCCUGACUGUGGAUUGGAUAAGCAGGAAAAUCUAUUGGACGGAUUCGGACAUGAAACGUGUGAUGGCUGCAGAAUUGUCGAAUGCGACUCAAGUCACAGUGAUUGCAAACACUUCAUUGAGUAACCCAAGAGGAAUUGCAGUGCACCCGCACAGGAGAAAACUAUUUUGGUCCGACUGGAAUAGAAACAGCCCGAAAAUUGAGUGGUCAAAUCUGGACGGCAGUCAGCGAGAAAUUUUCAUUCAAGGAUCCGGCGUUAAGUUGCCCAAUUCUGUGGCCAUCGAUUGGUAUACGGAUGAAGUUUGUUGGACGGACGCAGGGUUGAAGAGCAUCGAAUGUGUUGGGAUAGAUAGCCGCUUACAACGUACCGCUGUAGCAAAUUGUAGUUAUCCGUUCGGACUGGCUAUCACGCACGAUAAAUAUUAUUGGUCGGACUGGAUAUCGGAAAAAAUCGAAUUUGUCGGAAGGAAUGACAGAAUGAAAAGAGAAAGUUUAUCCGUACCUUUAAUUGGCAACGGUAAACUAUACGGGAUAGCUGCAGUAACUGGAAAAUGUCCUUAAUAUCUAAGACUGAAAGACAAAAAAUAGAUAUGUAAUCGACACAAGCGGUCGUCUUUUUUUUUUUUGUAAUCUAGUACAAGACAUUACUAACACAUGCCAGUACGAUUUUAAUUUAUUUUUACUUGUAUUUUCAACUAUUAUAUGUACAAUAAUAUAAUAUAUCAAUAUUCAAAGACAAAUAUAUUUUCAU